CGUUUUGUAUUGUUGCAGAUGCCAGGGGAUGCCAAGGACAGGGGCGGCUGUUUCUUUGCCUUUUGAACCCCUGUGUACGGGCGUGUGCUUUUCUGGGAUAUUUUUUUGCCAGUGCCUUAUCUUCCCCGCUUUCUCUUUCAGCGUCCUUCCCUUUUCGACUUUGCUCACCACUGUUCCUAAGGAAAAAGCCUCCUGUCUGCUUCAGCGAGUGCUUACGCAGUGUCAGACCUCUGCCUGGUGCUCUUCUGGCUAGAGAGAGCAGGGACAGACUGAGGCUUUCCCCAGGGGUCCUCUUCCGGUGCUGUCCCAGUGCUGUGUCAUCUGUCAGGUGCCCUCUGUGUGUCUAGGCCGCGUACGGAGUGCUGAAUGCCCCGCCACUGGAGCUGUGGUUUAGAUCUCACAGGGCCAGGGGCCUUGUCUUAGUCGGUGGCCACUUUGCCUGCACUCUGCUCUGGGUCGCCAGCUUCCUCAUGGCUGGGCUGGGAGCACAGAGGCCAGGCUGGUGGGCCAUCUGGCUGCCCAUCUGGUCUCCGCCUGUGUUGACUAUAUCUUGUUUACAGGAUGUUGGCCCCUGACAAAACAGAGCACAAAGAAGUUCUUGGGGUCCAGAAGGCUGGCCGGCUACAGCACCAGGGCUGGGCCUGUGCCUCAGUCUCAUUCCAGAGAGAGACGUGGCAGCGUGGGAUUGGGGCACUCUCUUGUACCCUAAUAUUGUGUGGUGUGUUUUGGAGGCAGGUGGAAGUCAUGGACAUAGAUGCCGAAAGAGAAAAAAUAUCGCAGGAGAUCAAGGAGCUGGAAAGGAUUUUGGACCCCAGCUCCUCCAGCAUCCCCGAGGAUGUCUCGGAAUCGAGUCUUGAUUCGGAUUCCGAUGCAGAAUCGCUGCCUGCUGAGGACUUGAACGUCGCUGGUCCCCCAGGCUUGGCAGAAGAGAGGUGGGGUGAAGCCAGCAAUGACGAGGAGGACCCCAAGGAUAAAGCCCUCCCUGAGGACCCUGAGACCUGUCUGCAGCUGAACAUGGUCUAUCAGGAAGUCAUCCAGGAGAAGCUGGCCGAGGUCAGCCUGCUGCUGGCCCAGAACCGGGAGCAGCAGGAGGAGAUCCUGUGGGGCCUGUCUGGGUCCCAAGGCACCAGGGUGAAGGACAGCAAGGGCCUACCCGCGCACAUGUACAUCGGACACUUCAUGAAGCCGUACUUCAAGGACAAGGUCACCGGAGUGGGGCCUCCUGCCAACGAAGACACCCGGGAGAAGGCCGCCCAGGGAAUAAAAGCUUUUGAGCAGCUCCUGGUGACCAAGUGGAAGCACUGGGAGAAGGCCUUGCUCAGAAAGUCAGUGGUGAGCGACCGCCUGCAGCGCCUGCUCCAGCCCAAGCUGCUGAAGCUCGAGUACCUGCACCAGAAGCAGAGCCGGGUUUCUGGCUCACCAGAGAGGCAGGCCCUGGAGGAGCAGGCCAGGUGUGCAGAGCAGGAGAUCCAGGACAUCAACCAGCUCCCAGAGGAGGCCUUGCUGGGGAGCAGGCUGGACCCCCACGACUGGGAGAAGAUUUCCAAAAUCAAUUUUGAAGGUGGCCGCAGUGCAGAGGAGAUCCAGAAGUUCUGGCAGAGCUCUGAGCACCCAAGCAUCAACAAGCAGGAGUGGAGCGAGGAGGAGAUGGGGCAGCUGAUGGCCAUUGCUGCUGCACAUGGGCACCUGCAGUGGCAGCUGGUCGCCGAGGAGCUGGGGACCGGCCGCAGCGCCUUCCAGUGCCUGCAGAAGUUCCAGCAGCACAACAAAGCCCUGAAGCGCAGUGAGUGGACUGUGGAGGAGGACCGCAUGCUCACGCAGCUGGUGCAGCAGAUGCGCGUGGGGAGUCACGUCCCCUACCGCAAGAUUGUCUACUACAUGGAAGGGAGAGACUCCAUGCAGCUGAUCUACCGGUGGACCAAGAGCUUGGAUCCUAACCUGCGAAAAGGGUUCUGGGCCCCAGAUGAAGAUGCUAAGCUGCUGCGAGCAGUUGCCAAGUAUGGGGAGCAGGAUUGGUUUAAGAUCCGGGAGGAGGUGCCAGGUAGGAGCGAUGCCCAGUGCCGAGAUCGGUAUCUGAGGAGAUUACACGGCAGCUUGAAGAAGGGCCGAUGGAGUGCGAAGGAGGAGGAGCAGCUGACUGAGCUGAUAGAAAAGCAUGGCGUUGGUCACUGGGCCAAAAUUGCCUCUGAACUCCCCAACCGGUCUGGCUCCCAGUGUCUGAGCAAGUGGAAGAUCAUGGUUGGGAAGAAGCAGAGGGUGCAGAGGCGGCGGCGGCCGCGCCCCAGGGUCUGGUGGAGUUCCAGCAGCAGUGGCAGCGGCAGCAGCAGUGGGGACAGCGAUGGCAGCCACAGCAGCAGUGGGGACAGCGAUGGCAGCCACAGCAGCAGCAGCAGUGAGGACUCCGAAGUGGAGCUGGAGGAGCCCCAGGAGGCAGGCAGCGUGCCGCCAUCCCUGCAGUACGUGGUGCCUGAUAUGGACCUGUGGGUUCCUGCCCGGCAGAGCGCCAGCCAAAAGCCUGAAGCCUCCCCGAUGGCCCUGGCUCCCGGGGAGGAGAUGAGGCAGGCACAGGUGUCCUCCAGGGUCCACGGCACCCACUCAGCAGAUGCCCCCCGCACGAGCCUGGAGGAGCCGGCCCGAGAGGGUGGGCAGCGUUUGCUGAAAGUGCCCCUGGAGCUGGUGCAGGGGGUGCUCAGGACCAGCACGGCCGCCCGGAGCUACACACUGGAGAGGCUGAGGCAGCUGCCACUGCCUGGCUCACCCCCUGGGCCUGGCCCUGGUGACAGCAAGGCUGGGCCCCACCCGCACCUGCGGCAGCUGUGGCACGGAACCUUGCAGAACAGGCAGCAGCGCCGGAGACGCGCUCUGCACCGGCGGUUCCUGGAGCACAGGCUGCUGCUGGCCGUGGCGCCCUGGGUGGGCGACGUCACCCUGCCCUGCACACAGGCUCGCCAGAGGCCCGUGGGGGCACGGAUUCGAGCCGAUGGCAUCAGGACACAGCUGGAGCAAGUCCACCUGGCCAGCACCCCCGUGUUCACACUGUGCAUGCAGCUGCUGCAGAUCGAUGCUGCUGGCUGCAUGGAGGUUGUUCGGGAGAGGAAGGCCCAGCUGCCCACGCUGCCCCCGCCUGGUGCCCAGGGCCCCCCACCACAUCCUCUGCAGGUGCCCUCUGGAGCCUCAACCCCCCCAGGCUGCCACCCUCACCAUGCGCCAGCUCAGAAUGUCACAAAGAGCACGGACUCGGGGAGCGCAGGGCUCAGGUCCUCCUGCCCAGCCAAGUCCACCCCCGCCCAAGCGCCCAUGCCGGCCCCGCAGGGGCCCCGGCCCAGGCCGAAGACUGUGUCACAGCUGCUCCGAGAAAAGCGGCUCCGCGAGGCCCCCGCCAGGAAGGCCCCCCCGGGCCCCGGGACUCUUGCACCCCAGCUGCUGAUCUCACCUGUGGUCCUCCAGCAGCCCCUCCUGCCCGCCCGCCAGGGUCCCCCAGCCGUGGCCCCCGCUGUCGCAGGCACAGGGCUCUCUGGGUCCACGGCUGCCAGCACAGGCACUGCUGGCUCCUGGCAGGCAGUGGGGACUUCAGCCAAAGAGAAGGACCAGCGCCCACCCGCCGCACGAGCCCUGCCACUUGCUCCCACCCUGGGCUCUGGCCAGGUCCCUGCAGACUGCCCUUCGAGCAGCCCAGGACAGUCUCAGGCCCCCACCACGACUCGGAAGCAAGGCCUGCCUGAGGUUCCAGCCUUCCUGCCUGCAGCCCCGAGCCCCACUCAGCUGCCCAUGCAGCCCCUCAGCCUGACACCUGCCGUGGCCGCCAGCCUCCCCUUGUCUGUCACCUGGGUGCUCACAGCCCAAGGUCUGCUCCCCGUGCAGGUGCCUGCUGUGCUGGGCCCCCCCAAGCUGGGGCCGAUGCCCGCCCCCGCCAAGAGGCCGGCACCACCGCCACGCCCUCCCACCGAGACUCCUGCUCCCCCUGGUCAGCCCCCUGCCAGUGUGGGUACCGAGGCAGCCCCUUCAUCCAGCACAGACCGCUCAGGCCCCCCGGCGUGCCCCCCACCCAAGACUUGUGCAGGAGCACAUGGUGCUGAUCCCCGUGUCCUUGGGGAGGCCCAGGUGGCCCAGCAGGCAUCGGUGCCCAGGAUGUCCUCCCAGGCCAACCACCCUGAAAUGAAGGCCCCGCAGCCUGGCCAGCCGCCCACCGGUGAUGGCCCCAGCCCCAGGAGUGGCCCAGGAGGGACGACGGCAGCAUCCAGCGGGGCGCUGGGCCUGGAGAGGCCACCCCUGCCUGGGCCCGAGAAGCAGGCCCUGGACCUGGCCCUGGUUUGCCUGGAUAGUGAGGUGGCCACAUGGGAGCCGUGGCUGCGGGGUCGACGGGGCGUGUGCGUGCCCCCCCUGGAGACCAGGCUGCCCUACCAGCCCCCUGCCCUGUGCACCCUGCGGGCCCUGUCCAGCCUCCUGCUCCGCAGAGCGGCCCUGGAGCGCAAGGCCUCCUCGUUGGCGUCCGAUGGGGCAGCCGGGCCUGGAGCGUGGCAGGCCUCACUGGAGUGGGUGCGGAGGCAGCUGCAGGACAACCCGGCCUACCUCUUACUGAAGGCUCGCUUCCUGGCGGUCUUCACCCUCCCUGCGCUCCUGGCCACCCUGCCCCCCAACGGCAUCCCCACCACCCUCUCGGCAGCCACGAGGACGGGCCCUGAGACCGAGGACGAGGACCUCCUGAGCGAGCCGGAGCCCGGGGAUGGGGACAGGCACAAGCGGCCGUGCUGCACAUCCCAUGGGAUGCAGGCCAGGCCAGUGCCCAGGAGCCCUGAGCAGGGAACUCUAGAAUCCAGUGAGGGCCUCGUCUCCUGCCCAGAUGCCUCUGACGACCUGGACGUGCUCAGGACCCGGCACAGCCGGCACGCCCGGAAGCGGAGGCAGCAGCUGUAAGCCACAGGGCUCUCCCACCCCUUCCUGCCGGCUGCUUAGCACCCCGCCGACUGAGACCCCUUCCCUCCCCGACUAUGAUCUCAGCACCUCAGACUUCCUCCUGGCCUCUCCCAAGGUGGCACUGCUAGCCUGGCAUCUGUUUUGAUAUCCCUCCGACGGUGUCUGCCUGCCAUACACAUGGUCGGUCCAUGUGGUUACCCGCUGCCCCUCCACGACCACGCGCCCACAGCACUGCACAGUCCCUGGGACCCAGGGCCUGCACACAGAUGCCUGGGGCCCUGAGCGCAUCCUGGUCGAGACCAGAGGGAAGGCAGGUGGGCUGGAGUGGGCAGGGCCAGAGAGGAAGCGGGACCCUGAAGGCUGUCCAGGAGGUUGCAGGUGGCCAGACAGUGCAGCUGGCUGGGCGUCUAGCUGGAGCCUGGGCCCGCACACACCAGAGCUCCUCCGUUUCAGCACAAGGACUCCUGGGGCGCAGAAGCCCACGCCUGCCACCAGCAGAGGCAAGGCCACCCCUCUGCAGAGGACGCAGCUGGAGGCCAGGGGCUGCUGGCCACAGACUGACCUCUCCACACGGUGACCAACCUGUCACAGCUGGCCCCAGCGCGAGUCCAGGUGUUUGAAGGAGCAAACUAAAUGCCGUUUUUUAAUGAAAAGCAA